CGAAAGGCAAUUUUGCUUUUGUUUGUUCUUAUGAAUUAACUAACAAUUACUAUAGUUUUAGAAAUUAAAUAUGACGUUUACGAUACAACGAUAAAGUGGUACAAAGAUUAUUAAACUAUAAAUUAUUACUGCACACCGUAUUAUAUAAAAUGUUUAUACUGUGACAUGUCAUUUUGCCAUGCAAGAUGUACUGUAGCCGCCGAAGUACCACCGGCUCCUAGCUCACACUUUAGUGUUGGCCUCGGUUGUGGUAUAACGUUUUAGCUGUGUAAAAUCGAACUAUACAAAACAAUGUUAUCGAGCUCGUAUCUACGUUCGAUAAUCGAAAGACGAUAAUAUCCUAAUAAGCUCGACAUUAUAUUUUAAUUGAUAAGCUGUGCGCUCUUCAAUGUAGCGAAAAUAAUUUCAAACAAGUCAGUGCGUGAAGAUAUUUUUGUAAAAAUGAGACAUGCAUUCGAACGAAAUGCAAAAAAGUGUAUCAGUGCAAGUAGAUAGUGAUUUUGCUCUUUUUCUACCUAGCGGUGCAUACGAAAUUACAAAAAUGGAGCCAAGAUCAAAACUGAGAAAAGUUAUAUUCUUUUGUUUACUACUUUCACUGUUUGGAAUGGUGGCCUUUGGAUAUUUCUGCCCUGAUCAAGUAUGCGCGUUGUCUCCUAGAGAGAGGAUGUCUGAGUCGUACGCUUUGACGUUCGCGGAGGCGCUUGGCCGGCCUCUUCCGGACCUGAUCGCCCAACCGGGACUCUCCUAUGAUGAGGUUCUUCAUGAUGACUUCAGAUUCGACCUAGACGCACAUGAUGUAAUGGUCUUCUUACAUAUACAGAAGACGGGCGGCACUUCGUUCGGAAAACAUCUAGUCAUGGAUCUAGAUUUAAAGAGACCGUGCAACUGUCAGCGGGCGCGAAAGCGGUGCCAUUGUUUUCGGCCGCACAGCAACGAAAUAUGGCUGUUUUCGAGAUACUCAACAGGCUGGAAAUGCGGUCUUCACGCAGACUUUACGGAGUUGACGGCGUGUGUGGGCGGAGAACUGGACCGGCAUGAAGGCUCCGCGGUGCACAGGAGAUACUUCUAUAUUACCUUGUUACGGGAACCAGUGGCUAGGUAUUUGUCGGAGUAUCGGCACGUGAAACGCGGCGCCACGUGGAAAGGCUCCCGCCACUGGUGUCAAGGUCGGACGGCUACAGCAUCUGAGGUGCCUCCUUGCUACACUGGGGAGUCAUGGCGCGGCGUGACGUUAGAAGAGUUUGCGUCCUGCCCUUGGAAUUUGGCCAAUAACCGGCAGACACGAAUGCUGGCCGACCUGGCACUGGUGGGUUGUUACAACGGCACUCUGCGACACCGCACGGCUGAUUCGGACCGAGUACUACUUGCUUCAGCUAAGAGGAAUCUUGCUGCGAUGUCGUACUUCGGUCUCACGGAGUUCCAGAAGAUAUCGCAGUACGUGUUCGAGGAGACGUUCAACCUUCGUUUCGCAGUGCCGUUCGCACAGCACAACGCGACGGUGUCGGCGGCCACGCUGGCGGCGCUCUCGCCCGCCCAGGUUGCCCGAGUGCGACGUCUCAACGCCCUCGAUCUCGAACUCUACGAGUUUGCCAAGAACUUGAUGCUUAAGAGGUUUGAAGCUUUAAAAAAGCGCGACUCAGACUUCGACUACAGAUGGAAACAUCUCGGCGAAGUGUCGCCUCGUAGCGGCGUUACCGAAUUCGACUGGGAUAGUAACCUAGAAGACGCCACCACGGAGAAGUAUCGAGGCAAGUAAAUAUCGAUAAAUGAAGAAGAAAAUAUCGAUAAGUGACGUCACUAAAAUUGUAAAGAUUUGCACAAACACAUCUCGGUGAUGUCGGGCUAAAAGUGACAUGUGUGGUUUAAAUUAGGUACAUUAUAAUUUGCUGCUAGUCACCUAUUACAUAGUGGUAGUGUUCCGCAGCAUCAAGUGUGAUCCAAUGUGUUCGUUCCGGAAUCAAUCUGUUGCAAAGUAUUAACUUUGCUAACACGGGAUUUGUGUUUAUUCCGAAAUUAGUUUUAUGUAAAAUAUAAACUCUUGUAUAUCUGUAAAAUUUAAUAUGCUAUUCCAUGGCAGGUUAAUAUUAAGUUGGUUCUCAUGUAAAAAUAAGGAUUUAAUUUUAGUAUGAAAAUACCAUUGCAGUUUUAACUUUGAUGUUCCU